UGCCGCACCCCCCUUCUGGUUAAACUUAGUUAGCCGUCCUCUUCUGGUCGUUGGCAACACGCACACUAACCAGCGGAGUCUCUCUCUCUCUCUCUGGUCUCUGCCUCUGAAUGGAGGUGCUCUCUUUCCCUCCUCUGCAACUCCCUCCUCCCUCAGUUCUCUCUUCCAAGUACUCCUGUGCUUCCACUUUCCACCACAUUUCUCUCCACUUCCCUUCGCCGACCAUCAUCCGGAACACCAUAUUUUCAAUCAGCAAGAAAAUUUCUCCUAGUGCAUACGACGGAAAACGAGGCAUUGGUCCCACCUCCGAUGACGCUGACGAACAGGAGGAGUUCUCCGGAGGCCAGAACUUCGAUUUACCCUCCUUUUUGGGCAACACCCUGAAGUCGGAGGAUGGUGAUGGCAGAGUUAUGGUCAAGUUGCCCGUAGCGCCAUGGAUGAAAGAGCCGAUUGUGCUCCCCAUCGAUAGGGUUCUGGACCUCUCCAAGAAGGGAGGCGACAGAGGUAAGGAAGCCAGCUACCAUGGCGACAGAUUGUUGACGGGAGGGGUUCGUGGCGGAAGAGGGAGGCAGGCGAUGCGAAAAAUUAUCCAGAAAGUUAACAAGCUUGGUGAAUUCCGUGAGAGGGAUGAAUUGCAGAAGCUCCAAUCUGCGAAUGCGACAGAUUCUGAGUUUAGAUUUACUGAAUUUGCUGAGAAGAUGGAAAAUGGGAUUGGCGGGAAGGAGCAGGUGUCAAAUUCUGGACAGAGAGUGAGAUUGCCAUGGGCUAGAGCUGAGAGGGUGGUUUUGAGAAGGAGAGUGAAGAAGGAUUAUGGUUUAACUUCCGAGAAGUUGGGGCUUUCAGAGGUACUAUUGUCGAGAUUGCGGGUUGAAGCUGAGAAGAUGAAGGUAUGGGUGAAGGCAACAAAGGCGGGAGUGACUCAAGAGGUGGUUGAUAGGAUAGGGAGGACAUGGAAGAAGGGGGAACUCGCCAUGGUGAAAUUUGACGUGCCUUUGUGCCACAACAUGGAUAGAGCUAGAGAAAUUGUUGAGACCAAGACUGGUGGUACUGUUAUCUGGAUCAAGAAAGACAGGCUUGUUGUUUACCGGGGGUGUAAUUAUGAUCCAUCUUCCGCAUGCAGUAUAGUUGUUUCAUUGCCAGAUCAUGCUAAGGGCAAGUAUGAAAUGAGUGGUUCUGAGAUAUCUAAAUUUUGGAGGAAUUCUGUGUCUUCAGGAACGGUAGAGUCUGGUACUACAAGUGGAGUACUAAAUACAAAAAAUGCAGUUGGGGUUGCUUCUGCAGUAGCAAUAAUUGGUGAGGAACAUGUUCCACCAAUUAAUGGAACAUUGUUUGAGAGAGAGGCUGAUCGAUUAUUGGAUGGCCUGGGACCCCGUUUUGUUGAUUGGUGGUGGGCCAAGCCUCUGCCUGUAGACGCCGACUUGUUACCCGAAGUAGUUCCAGGUUAUAUGACACCAUUGAGGCACUGUCCUCCACAUGUAAGACCUACUUUGACAGAUGAUGAGCUGACAUACUUGCGAAAGAUUGCACGGACAAUGCCCACUCAUUUUGCUCUUGGAAGAAAUUCAAGACUUCAAGGCCUGGCUCAUGCUAUUUUGAAGUUAUGGCAGAAAAAUAUUAUUGCAAAAAUUGCACUAAAGCGGGGAAUUGCAAAUACCAACAAUGAGCAAAUGGCUGAAGAACUAAAGAGCGGGUGUGGGCGUCGACGGCAGGGUGCGCUUUCUGGUGACCUUCUCCGGCGACCAUCUUCUCCGGCGACAAUCUUUCCGGCGAACAGCCAAUGUCUUACUGGCGGUGUUCUGAUUCUGCGCAACAAGUUCUUUAUUUUACUCUACAGAGGCAAGGACUUUAUUCCCCAUGCAGUUUCAAAUUCUCUUAAUGAGAGAGAAGCAGAGCUUGAAAACCUGUGUGUUCAAGAAGAAAAUGCACGAAGAGUUUCAAACAAUUUAUUUGCCAUGACGGCUGCUGCAAUGCGUUCAUCAAGCAAAACUGGAACAUUUUCAGAAUUUCAAGAUAUUAGGGGACAAUAUGGGCUUGUAAGCGAUGAGACAUCGGAGUAUAAACUUGAAGUUGAAGUAGCAAAGGUGCAAUUGGAGAAGGAACUAAGAAAGCAGGAGCGCAAGCUUAAAAUUCUUAUCUAUAAGUGGAAGAGAUCAGAGGUAAAAUUCUCAAACCUUAAUUCAUCCUGGAGACCAACAGAGCAGGAAGCGGAUACAGAAAUUAUCACUGAAGAAGAAAAACAAUCUUUUCGCAAGAUUGGUUUAAAAAUGGACGAAGUUUUGUUGCUUGGAAGACGUGGAGUUUAUGAUGGUGUAAUUGGGAGCAUUCAUCAACACUGGAAGCACAGAGAAAUUGUGAAAGUCAUAACAAUGCAGCGAACAAGCUAUGAGGCAGAGAAAACAGCAAGAAUGCUGGAAGCUGAGACUGGUGGAAUACUGGUUGGUAUAGAGAAGCUGCGAAAAGGCCAUGCAAUAAUUAUUUACCGUGGAAAAAAUUACAGACGCCCAUUGAACCUGCUGCCAGAAAAUCUUUUGACUAAAAAGAUGGCAUUUGAGCGUUCAGUUGAAAUACAGAGACGAGGAUCUUUAAAGUUUUUUGCCCGUCAAAGGGAGAAAACAGUUGAAAGGCUUAGACAAGAAUUAGCUGAUUUGCUCCAAAACAAAUCUCUGGACAUCCCAGGCAGCACACAGGAGGCAAAGGAUCUUGUACAGGAGGAUUCAUAAGGCUGUUUUCUACAGGCCAAGUUUAAGAAUAAACUUUUUAUAUUUGUCUAUAUGGUUGGUGAUGUCCUACCAUCAUAAAAUAGAGUCAGUCACCAACAUUAUCUAUCCAUACAUGACCAUCUAAUAUUUGGUCUGCCAGCCCUUUUGGACAAAAUUUUACCAUCCUUCAAAAAAACCGACCACCCACACGUGGUUGGAUUUUUCAAAACUGUAGGUUGAAAAAAAUUCGGACAUAUAGAUUGGAUUUUAUGACAUGAUCAACCUACUACAGUUAUGAUUUUGUUUGCAAUAUAAACAAUAACAUGCCGUUUUAUGUAUCUGCCCUAGCUACUGUUUCCAUUUGUCAAACGACUCCUUUGGUGCACUUGUAAUAUCUGAUGUACAUAUUCAUUUUUUAAUAUAUUUUAUUGAAAUAUAUAUGAGA